CAACCCCUGUAUAUAUACAGUGUAUAUGUACGUACCUAAGAUUGUGUCAUGGUAGUUGUUUAGUGACUGAACAGAACAGGAUAAUACAAAUGUGUUUUAAGAUAGAAUAUUUUUGAUAUAUACGACUGUCUUGGAUGUGCUAAGAAUAACAAGGAGCAGACUGUCUCUAAUUCAAGGUUUAGUGGAGCCUGUUGUUGGUCAAAAUGUAAGAGAAUUCAGGCCUAACUGAUCAUAGAGUAAAUUUGAUUGUUCAUAAAGGAUAUUAAAUAAAGAAUCACAAAAUUAUAAACAUGAAAUAUAAAAUGUAUUGUAACAGUAGGUGUAGCUCAUCAAAUGGCUAAUGAAUGUGCUUUUCUGUGUGUGUGUGUGUGUGUGUGUGUGUGUUAGGGUCGGUGUUUGUUUGCCAGUGGGAGUCCGUUUGCUGCUGUAACUCUGGAUGAUGGCAGGAUGGUGAUUCUGGGACAGGGGAACAAUGCUUACAUAUUCCCAGGUGUGGCUCUGGCAGUAAUUCUGAGUGGUGUUAGACACAUCAGUGAUACGGUGUUCCUCGAGGCUGCUAAGAUCUUAGCAGAGCAGUUGACGGAUGAGGAACUGAAUCAGAAUCAGGGUCGUCUCUACCCUCCUCUUUCCAACAUUAGGGAGGUUUCUUUACAGAUGGCUGUGAGGAUAAGAUUUGUGUUUAUACAUACACACAAUGUGGUGGAGUUUCUGUACAGUAAAGCAAUGGCAUUUCGGUACCCAGAGCCACUGGAUAAGGAGGCGUAUGUGAGAUCCAUUGUGUGGAACACGGAGUACGAUUCCUUCCUCCCAGACAUCUACGAACGGGCUGGACUGUCCCAUAGUCCUAUAGUGGAGUAAUCAUACACCCUAUAGCAUACACCUGAAACAGUCACACCCUUCAUUUACAGCUGUGUAAUGUUUAACUAUCACACAUCCCCAUGGGGAGUGAUUCCUAAACUCCUUCUGCUAAUGUAAAUGUACAGUGUUGCUAUUAUUUAAACACUCCACGUGUGUGUGUGUGUGUGUGUGUGUGUGUGUGUGUGUGUGUGUGUGUGUGUGUGUGUGUGUGUGUGUAUAUCAGCUAAUACAUUUAGUGCUUUGUGUUUCUAUGUGUGUUGGUGUGUAUUUGGGUUUAUUUCACUGCAGGCUUACAGUAUUCAUUAUAAUAAAAUGUGGGGGUGGUCGGGUGUAGUUGGGGCAGUGAGAAAAUCUCGAAAAAAGUGUAACUUUAGUUUCACCCUAAGCUGGAUUUUAACAUAGGGCCUAGAACCUGAGAGAACUACAUGUGCUGCACUCAGCCCACUGUGCUACUCAAACAAUGACGUGUUAGAUCUGUUGUAACGCUGAUAUAACCUGUGCACACAAUAAGCCUAAAAGUGAAAACUACUUAAAAUAAAAAGAAAAUGCUUUGUAAUUCCCACAGUAACGUCAGAAGCCAUUCACUCUGUUACAGGUUGAAAAAUAGUGAAGAAAUAGCCUUUGCUUGAUUUGAAUGAAGUUGACCCAACAAAGCAUGUGUUUGUACCAUU